AUGUCGCUCAAUGGCCUGGACGACCCCAAGGUCAAGGAAGCCCAUGAUGCUGCCGUUGCUGAACCAGGAGGAUGGUUUCUCCUCAAGUAUGAGAGUCGCGACGGCGUCGAGCUGCUAGGUCGCGGGAAUGGUGGCAUCGUCGAGAUACGGAAUAACAUCGCCCAAUUCGAGAACGAGAACGACGACAAUGCGCCAUUGUUUGGUUUUCUGAGGUACCGCCGCCGGAACGUAAUCAUCAAAUAUCUCCCCGAAGUUUGCUCUCGACUGGUCCAAGCUCGUGUAACUGUUCAUUUCAACGCCGUCUGUGAGCGGUUCGCACCGUAUCACACCGACUUCUCGAUAGCCUCUGCAAAGGAACUCAAAGACACCAAGUUGUCGGCCGCAUGCUCCCUGCACGCCGCCUCCGGCUCGACCUCGUCCUCGACAAGCUCCUUGCGACGGAGGCGGUUGAUGGAAAUUGCCGAAGAGGAAGAGGAAGAACAGAGAGCAAGCAAAAGGAAGUCUGUCGGUCCUGAUAACUUGUCCGAGACCUCGGGGGAAGAGCCGGCCCCCGCACAAAAACCGCCUGUUGAAGGGCCGCCCGUGACGUUGAACGCCGACCUUGCAAACUCGCCCGAGGAGAGCAAGUUUUCUGCAUCUCUGGAGCCGCCCGAGUUCGUCGGCGUCAGACCGCCUUCGCCUUCAAAAUCGAUUGAGGAGGGACGGCGCAUGUCAUCGCAAUCCCUGCGACCCGACCUUUAUUCUUCAUCGUCUUAUACAUACGGCAAGCCCAGAGUCAAACUUGCCCCACGACCAUCUCUCGACGUUUCUGGCCGUGCUCGCCCAGGCACCGCUGCAGUGGGGGCUGCUUUCAGGCCAAUUUCACAGAUGCCGUCUGGCUUCAAGUUAUUUUCCAAGGGUUCCAAAAAGGGAAAGUCCAAGGAAAAUACUCUGGAUCCUUCCGAACCAACCCACUUGGACGAAACAACCGAAAUCUCCUUGGCCGCCACUUCCACACCCCUACCCGACGGGGAUCCCAUUUCCCAGAUUGAUGAGCUCGUUAGGCCACACACGAGCUCUGGACGACCCACAACGAGCUCGGGCGCUUCAAUUAAAUCCGCAAUGCCGUCCUUUACCACCACCUCUACGAAGCAGGUCAUGACGCCCGAAAAGGCGCGUCUGAAGAAGGCGAUGCAACUCAGGGAGAAGAAAAGGAUGAUGAGCCAGCAACCCUCCAGCGUCCCAGUCGUUGAUGCCCCCGCCGAGGACGUGACAUCGGAAAAGGCCCAGCCUGUUGAACACGUUGAGGAGAUAUCCGAGCCCACCCUCGCUACCGAGGUAGAUGACGAAGACAGCGGCGAGAGACGUCUCUCGGUAUCAAAGGCCGACUCUGGCAUUGUUGUCGACGCAUCCUCGAUUUCCGUCCACACUGACGUUGCCUCUGAGUUUACUCAGAGCGACUCUCAUCCCACCUCGCCCAUUAUGGCAUCUUCGGAGCCUGACCACUCGACCAAGGCGUCGUCGCUGUCCGAGUCUACUGAAGAGACAGUGAGGGAGCUCGACGAAGAGAAGCCCAACGACGAGGCCGGUUCACACGAGACACAAGAGGAGGUUGAGCCUGCAGCCGAACCCGAAGUUGCCACUGCUCCAACUGCAGAAGAGGCAGACCCCCCCGCCGUCACUGAUCCUACACCAAUUGAACCAGUGGCCGCUAGCAACGAAACGCAAGAGGAGGCCGAGCCGCUCAUCAAAGCUCCGAUCGCCGCAGUCGACGAUUUUCCCGAUGCCCAACCCGACGCUACCCCCGAGGCUGUCACUGCUCCCGAGACGAACGAGCCCAAGGAGACCCUUCCUGUGGAAGAGAAGCCGACCGAGUCCGAGACUCAAGAUAUCCCCUUUGCUGAGACAGAGGAAACCCAGGAGGUUAUCCAGCCCGUGGAACAACAGAAUGAGACUGAGAAGGUAGCAGUCAUGGACAAACAGCCGAAAUCGCCCUUGAGCUUACCAAUCUCCAAGUUCUCCACGAGCCCAGCACGGGCGACGACGCCCAUCGAACCGAAAGAGACACCGAACCAGGAGUCGAAGCCCGAUACCACGGUUCAAACUGCCGUGCCGGCAUCGUCGGAAACAUCGCUCAGCUCGCCGCUAUCGCCGCGUUCCCCUAGCCUCAAGGUCCCUCGGUCCAAGUUCUCAACACAGGAUCUCAGAUCAGCUGCAAACGCCGAGGUGCCUACCAUCAUCUCACCCCAAGUGGAUGCACCCCGCGAGCCAGUGGCUGCCGCUGACGAGGAGCCCCGCGAUGCCGACACUCAGUCGGCGGAUACAGAACUGACAAAGAGAAAGGCGUUUGUCGAACCCAUCCGUACUGACCUGAACGCUCCGGACAAGGUGGCAGAGGACAACAUCUCCGACGACGAAGAUUUGAUGGACGAGCUUCACUCAGCCACCGUCGAGCAAGCGCAGCACAUUACUGUUUCUAAAUCGCCCAUCACGCCAGUCUUCCCCAGCCCCCCACAGAGCGUCAGCAGGCCAGCUUCGCGCGGUGUUGUCCGCACCAUAUCGAAUCCCAUUCGCGGCAAUCUCCUCACUCCGGCCGACGUGGCUCAGGCACAGAAUCAGAGAUCGAUCUCAUCUGGCGCUGCCUUCCUGCACAAAAUCACGCAGCAACAAGGCAGCCAACACUUGGCCCCCAAACAGCCUGGCAAGAUUGGAUCUAGUAUCUCCCAGCGCAUCAAGGCGUUGGAGAAGCUGUCUGCACACGCACCCGGAACCACAGAACCGGAUCCGACCGGCUCCAAGUCCCCGAGACCAUCCUCGGCAUUCUUCGCUGUCAAGAGGGGACCUAGCGUAAGAGAGCCUCCUUCUCGCUCUCCGUCAGUCGUCGAUAGGGCAAGCUCGCUUACUCGGGGUGGCAGCCCUGUGCCGUCAAUAAUGACGGACUCGCUGGAAUCCUCUCCAGAGACUGCAAAGGCGAACCGUGGCAGAUCAGGAUCCAUGGCCAACAGGCUAUCGAUGUUCGAGGUGCCCGGCAGCAACCCGCCAAGAGGCCGGCCUGAGUCCAUCUCCGUUACAGCGCGGAUUGUCCGCGAUCCCAGCCAAGUCGGCAAGGCGCCUGAGCCGCCCAAGAACCCUUCUGAUUUCGAGCGACUUGACCUCAAGGCGUCUCCGUUGGUUGUCGACCAUCAGAAGGCCGAGCUUCCACUGCCACCAGCCAACCUGGCAGCGGUGGAGCCUUCAAAGGAGACUAUUCAAGAGAGGAGACUGUCCAAAGAAAAGCGUCGCUCACAGUCCAUGGACCCCAAACCCGAAGGAGACGAAGUGCCUCGCCGCUCUUCACUCAGCAUCAUGAAGGGCUUCAUCAAGGAUCGACGUAGGUCCCUCACUUCGUCGUCCACUGAGGCUCUGACGGCUCCCUUGCCCAUGUCACCCGCUUCCAAAUCGCCCGCUUCCAAGUCGCCUACGAGACCACCCUCGACUCACCAUAACUCCUCUGGCCUCGGCCGUCGAUUGUCUGUCAGCAGCCGUCGGUCUUCGAUCAGCAAAGAUAACGAUGCGGGUGGAUCCAUGUCCCCAUCGAUAUUCACCGAAGGCAGCGGAUCCGGUGACGACAGCAAGUCGACAACCAGCGACAAGAAGAUGGGUCGCGCAGGCCGCUUCAUGCGUCGCCUCUCUUCAUCCCUCAGCAGCACGGGCCGAGGUAAGACCAUGGCCUCUACUGCCAUCUCUCCAACGGUUCAAGAAGAGGAUGCCUCUGAACUCGCUCGGCUGCAGCAACCCACCAUUGAGGCCUUCAUGGGAGACGUCAACGUUCAGUUUCCCGAUACCCUCUUGUGGAAGCGCCGCAGCAUGUGUCUGGACUCUCAGGGCUUUUUAAUUCUAAGCACAGUCGCCGCGACGACCGCCACCAAGGACAAGCAGCCUACCGGCGCUGGAGUCAAGCGAUACCACCUUUCUGACUUCCGGAUGCCCUACAUUCCUGACAUGGAGAUCCAGGAGCUGCCCAACAGCAUCUGCCUUGACUUCGUCGAGGGCUCGGGCUUGCAGGUUGCGUGUGAAGAUCGCGGCGGACAGAUGAAUGUACUCCACAUUCUUCGAGACGCGCACCAGAGCCACAGCUCGUUCGGCCAGUAA